AUGGACCAUAAUAAUAAUCCCACAGACGUAAAAGGGGAAUGGGACCCGGAAUUCAACGAUCUACAUGAUUUGCUGCAGAAGAACAUCGCCAAUGAAUCGGAAGUCGGAGCCUCAAUCACAGUCAACAUUAACGGUAAAAACGUGGUUGAUAUCUGGGGAGGAUAUCGCGACGCAGCUCGAUCACAGCCAUGGGAAGCAGACACGAUCGUCAACGUCUUCUCGACUACCAAAAACAUCGUCAAUCUAGCCAUGCUAGUACUGAUCGAUCGAGCCCUGCUUGAUCCACACGAGAAAGUCUCCAAAUACUGGCCCGAGUUCGCACACAACGGCAAACGAGAUAUCGAAGUGCGCCAUCUCAUGUCGCAUACCUCAGGGCUCUCCGGCUGGGACGAGCAUAUGGAGCUAUCGGAUCUGUAUGAUUUCGAGAGCGCCGCGGCAAAGCUAGCAGCGCAGGCUCCCGCAUGGACACCCGGUACAGCCUCGGGUUACCAUUCCCUAACGCAGGGCUUCCUGCUGGGCAAUGUAGUCCGUCAAGUAACCUCAAUGACCCUGACGGAGUUCAUCGCGAAGGAAAUCGCAUCGCCACUCGGCGCUGACUUCCAAAUCGGAGCCAAACAGUCUGACUGGCCCCGAAUCGCAGACAUGAUCGGAUACACACAACCCGCGCCCACCGACUUGGACACCACCUCCAUCGCAUACAAAUGCCUCUACAACCCCAUGUUCCCAUUCGAGAUAGCCAACACGCCCGAGUGGCGGAACUCCGAGCUGGGGUCUUGCAAUGGGCAUGGGAACGCGCGCUCCGUGGCGCGGAUUCUCUCGACGAUCUCCAAUGGCGGCGAUGUGGACGGCAAACCCUUCUUGAAGCCCGAAACGAUAGAUCUGAUCUUCCAGGAGCAGUCAAUGGGUCCUGAUCUGGCGUUGGGAUUUCCGUUCCGCUUCGGUAUGGGGUUUGCGCUUACGGCGCCCAAUCUGUGGCCGCCUUACCUUCCUGCGACUGGGCGAGUGUGUUGGUGGGCGGGCGCGGGCGGGUCGAUUGGUGUGAUGGAUCUGGAUCGACGGAUGACUGUUGCUUAUACGCCGAAUAAGAUGCAGAUGCAGGGGCCGGCGGGGGAGUAUGUCGAGUGUAUCAAUGGAAAUGCCAUUCUGGAAUAGCAUGAUGAGCCUGGGAAUCAAGGGUCUCUUGGUCGGAGAUUGAUGAGACAUGGACAGCUUUGUUCUUCCACGACUGGAAUUAUGCGUUCGUCAUUGAUACUAGGUCUAUAUCCCGAGCUGUCUGAAAAGGAAAUAGCCUCUGACAUCCAAUGGUCUGAAUGAUCUUUCUUGUUACCACUUGCAAGAAAAAGGAUAUGUCC